AUGAGCUUCCACAACAAUGCCUCAAGCACCUCAAGCUUCAUACUAACGGGCUUCCCAGAGAUGGAGAGCCUGGAGCAUGGGCUGGCUGCCUUCCUGCUGCUGCUGUACGCUGUCUCUAUUGUAGGCAAUGCUCUGAUUCUCUUCAUCAUCAAGGAGGAGCAGAGCUUGCACCAGCCAAUGUACUACUUCCUGGCCCUUCUCUCUGUCAAUGACCUGGGGGUGUCCUUUUCUACCUUGCCCACGGUGCUGGCUUCUAUGUGUUUUCAUGUCCCAGAGACCGCCUUUAGUGCUUGCCUGGCCCAGAUGUUCUUCAUACACUUGUUUUCCUGGACAGAGUCUGGGAUUCUACUGGCCAUGAGUUUUGACCGGUACGUAGCCAUCUGUAACCCCCUGCACUAUUCCUCAGUGCUCACUGAUACCCGUGUGGCCCGUAUGGGCAUGUCCGUCAUCAUCCGCAGCUUCUGUAUGGUCUUUCCGCUCCCUUUUCUAUUGAAGAGGCUGCCUUUCUGUAAGGCCAAUGUCCUGACCCAUUCCUACUGCUUACACCCAGACCUGAUUCGCCUGCCCUGUGGAGACACCACCAUCAACAGCAUGUAUGGGCUGUCCAUCGUCGUCUCCGCCUUCGGUGUAGAUUCAGUGCUCAUCCUUCUCUCUUACGUGCUCAUUCUGCACUCUGUCUUGGCCAUCGCCUCCCGGGCGGAGAGGCUUAAGACACUCAACACGUGUGUAUCACAUAUCUCUGCUGUGCUCAUCUUCUAUGUGCCCAUGAUUAGUGUGUCAAUGGUCCACAGAUUUGUCCAGCAUGCCCCAGAGUACGUGCACAAGCUCACCUCUCUGGUCUAUCUCUUUGUGCCUCCAAUGCUCAAUCCUAUUAUCUAUUCCAUCAAGACAAAGGAGAUCCGCAGGAGGCUUCACAAAAUGUUAUUGGGCACCAAGUUCUGA